AUGGCGGGUGUAAGUGGCUGCAUGAAAUACUCCAUGUUCGUCUUCAACUUCUUAUUUUGGGUGUGUGGUUCCGUUAUUCUGGGAGUCUCUAUAUGGAUACGUGUUAGCAAAGAUGCUCAGCAGAUAGACAGCAGCCUGUUUGCAGGGGUUGAUCUGCUGAUAGCUGUGGGCUCCAUCAUUAUGGUCCUUGGGUUUCUGGGGUGCUGUGGUGCCAUAAAGGAGAGCCGGUGCAUGCUGCUGUUGUUUUUUAUUGGACUGCUUCUGAUCCUGAUCCUUCAGAUCACAGGAGGUAUUUUAGGAGCAGUGUACAGAUCUCAGAUUGAAACAUCCCUUAACAAGACUCUCCUGGCGGGUGUGAAUUCAUUGCAAAGCUCUACAGAAGAAUCUAAAACAUUUCAAGACAAGUUCCAGAAAUUUGAGAGAAUGAACCAGUGCUGCGGUUUGCUGAACGGACCUGCAGACUGGGGAAAAAAUUUUAAUACUCCUUUUGGUAGCAAUAAAAUCUGUGAGUGUGAACUGAAGAACCCAUCAGCAGACCUCUGCACCUUAUUUCAAGGCAGAUACAUUUAUAAAAAGCCUUGUGGAGAUGUGAUUAUCAAAUACCUUAAAGACCAUCUGCUCAUAAUUAUGGGGAUUGCCUUUGGACUGGCCGUUAUUGAGAUUCUUGGUUUGGGGUUUUCUAUGAGCCUCUACUGCCAGAUCCAGAGAAAAUGA